CCCGCCCCACACCCCCAGGCCCAGCUCCCAUCUCCAUGGCAUCAUCCCUCACGCAACCACCUCCCGUCCUCGCCUCUUCCCAAGCCCAACUCGUCCCUCAGCCGCCGGCGAGCGCCAUGUCUGCCCCUUCCACCUCGUUCCCCUCCACGGCCUCGUUGUUUCUCGCCAGCGGCAGGCUCCCGCGGUUUCAGUUCCAGUCGCUCCGCGCACCCACCAAGCCCCCCUAUCGCUCCGCCUCCGCCUCCGCCUCCCCACCCCCCUCCUCUAUGUGGUUCCGCGGCGUCGCCAGGAAGACCCUGCUUGCCCCCAUCUCCGCCUCUGCGCUGACCGCUGCUCCUCGGCCGCGGAUGGAUGCCGAGGAUGACCCCGGCCGCCGGGCGGCCGCGACGAGGGUCGUCGUGGCCCUGGCGUGUAGCGCGUUAACCUCGGCAUGGUGCCGCCGGGCCCUGGCUAUAGGGGCAGCCGCGGCGGGAGCAGGGGCAGGGGCGCCCGGGGCGGUGGAGGCGGCCGUUGGGGUCAGUUGGGCGGCGCUCCGAGGGAGCUGGCCCACGGUGCUCAAGAUUCUACAGCUGCUAAAGGAGCAGGGCUUUGUUCUCGCCCUCUUGCUUGGCCUCUCUGCCUUCUUCUCCAUGGCGGAGACCUCCAUCACUACGCUCUGGCCUUGGAAGGUUCGUGAGCUGGCUGAAAAGGAACCUGAGAAUGGUGUUUUUAGAAUGCUUCGGAAUGAUGUCACUCGCUUCCUGACAACCAUACUCAUUGGCACAACUGUGGUCAACAUUGGUGCGACAGCAAUUGUUACCGAGGCAGCAACAGCAAUGUUUGGUGAAGCAGGUGUCAGCGCAGCAACAGGUGUCAUGACUGUUGCUGUUUUACUUCUUACAGAAAUCACACCCAAAAAUGUUGCAGUCCAUAAUGCCACAGAGGUUGCUAGGUUUGUGGUCAGACCAGUUGCUUGGCUUUCACUUAUCCUGUAUCCCGUUGGGCGGAUUGUUACAAUUAUAUCGAUGGGAAUUCUAAAGAUUCUAGGCCUGAAAGGAAGAAGUGAACCAUAUGUGACUGAAGACGAAUUGAAAUUAAUGCUCCGGGGAGCGGAGUUGAGUGGUGCAAUUGCGGAAGACGAACAGGAUAUGAUUGAGAAUGUACUCGAGAUUAAAGAUACACAUGUCAGAGAGGUGAUGACACCUUUGGUGGACGUAGUUGCAAUUGAUGCUGCCGCUACACUGAUUGAUUUCAAAAACCUUUGGGAAACUCACCAGUACUCUAGAGUUCCUGUAUUUGAGGAGCGCAUAGAUAAUAUCGUUGGAAUUGUAUAUGCAAUGGACAUGCUUGAAUAUGUUGAAGAGGUUGAGAAGUUGAAGGAAAUCACCGUGAAAGAAAUCGCACAUAUGCCUACCUACUUUGUCCCAGAUUCGAUGUCUGUUUGGAACCUGCUAAGAGAGUUCAGGAUCAGGCAGGUUCAUAUGGCAGUGGUCCUCAAUGAAUAUGGUGGAACUAUUGGUAUUGUGACAUUAGAAGAUGUGGUGGAAGAAAUUGUCGGCGAAAUCUUUGACGAGAAUGAUUCAAAGGAGGAAAUCCAGAAGAAAACAGGUAAUAUAGUAAUGCUGGAAGAUGGAACAUUUGAUGUUGAUGCAAAUACAUCAAUCGACGAUCUAUCUGAAGAGCUCAGUGUUAAAAUACCAGAGGGCCAUCAGUAUGAGACCGUGUCUGGUUUUGUUUGUGAAUCCUUUGGCUAUAUACCAGAAGAAGGUGGGAAAAUGCUUGUCAUACUUGAAAGGGAUAAAAGAGAAGAGAACGAUGAAUAUCAGGAGGAAGGGUCUGAUCACCAAGAUGAUCGAGAAACGACUCAAGCUUAUGAACUUGAGGUACUGGAAGCUAAUGCACGAAAGGUGAGCAAAGUACGUUUCAAGCCAAUAAGCAGCGAAUGUGUAGACAGUGACAACAAGGGUGUGAACCGGCUGAUGUCGAAAAAGAUAAUCAAAAGGAAGAAAAAGAACCCUGGUGAUUCUUCGGACAGCGAUGAUGAUGAGUGCCCUGAUAUAACCGAAAAUGGUUGCCCUGCAGAGCUAAUUUCAUACUCAGAUGAGAAGAGUGCGGAGCUAGAAGAUGCUGGCAGUUCCACAGCGACAAGGUAACAAAGAAAACAAUGAGCACCGUUGUACUACUGGCAAUAAUUACAGCUCACCACCCUCCUGCCCCUAGUUUACAACUCAACCGAAGAAGAGAAAAGAGGACAAACAUAGUAGGCUUGGUUACCAAAAACAGCAAGAGUAACACCGAGGAGACGGAGAGGGCUAACAGCUUAGGGCAACAUUUCUAGUAGUAGCAGUAGUAGCAACUAAUCUAGAGGUGCAGUGAAGUGUCGACAUCAACUUCACUGGAGGCUUGCGUGUAGGCCUUGCUGGGCCACAGGUCCCCGGCGAGCGAGUCGCCGCGGAGCUGGAUGGUUUUGCAUUCAGAAGCAGUUGUGGUGGCCGGCACAAGCGGGAACAAGGCAGCGGUGCCACGCAGAGGCCUGCAUGGAUACAAGAGCUCCGGGUGGAACAACCAUCUAACCGGCUGCUCCCCUGGAGCAGCAACAGCCAGGUCGUUACUGCCGACGCCGAGAGCAUGAGGAAGGAGGUCAGCUUCGCGAGUGGUGAGUAUCUGGAGAAGCCUCACCUCCCGCUUCUCCUUGACCCUCUCCAGCUCCCUGAACCUCUGCUGCAGCAGCGCGAUGGAGGAGAACAUCACUGCGCCUUCGUUGCUCUGCACCCCCAUUGAUGAUUGAUGAAGAGAAAUGUGAUGAUUGAGUACUCCUAGAAGUUGAGUUGGGUCGAGUUUUCGUUUCUGUGUCUCCUUUGCUUUGGUUGCUGCUGUGUGGGGCUUGUUGUGGAGGGCGUUGGUAGUGGAGAAGAGCAUCGUGGCUACUUAUAAGCAGCAGGUUUUUGUCGCGGCGCAGGUCGUCGUCUUAUGGUCGUGUUGCAAGUUGGUUUAA